ACACCCACCACACGGCUGCUGAAUGAGGCUUCCAGGCUUUCGCUCGUGGCCUGCAGUGCCCCACCGGAGGUCCGCCAGCUGAGGCGCGGCCAGUGCGCCUGCAGCCAGUGCGCUCACCUGCCAGCCUGCGCGCCAUGGGGCAAUCCGGGAACAGCAGCGUCUUUAUGCUGGCAGCCAACGGAAGCCAGGAGCCAGACCACAACGUCACGCAAAAACGGGACGAGGCGUGGGUGGUGGGCAUGGGCAUUCUUAUGUCGCUCAUCGUCCUGGCCAUUGUGUUCGGUAAUGUGCUGGUGAUCACCGCCAUCGCCAAGUUUGAGCGUCUGCAGACAGUCACCAACUACUUCAUCACCUCGCUAGCCUGUGCUGACUUGGUCAUGGGUUUGGCGGUGGUGCCCUUUGGGGCCAGCCACAUCCUCAUGAAUAUGUGGACUUUCGGCAACUUCUGGUGCGAAUUUUGGACCUCCAUUGAUGUGCUGUGCGUCACCGCCAGCAUUGAGACCCUGUGUGUGAUCGCAGUGGAUCGAUAUUUUGCCAUCACAUCACCCUUCAAGUACCAGAGCCUGCUGACCAAGAACAAGGCCCGGGUGGUCAUUUUGAUGGUAUGGAUCGUGUCGGGUCUUACCUCCUUCUUGCCAAUCCAGAUGCACUGGUACCGGGCCACCCACGAGGAAGCCAUCAAUUGCUAUGCCGAAGAGACCUGCUGUGAUUUCUUCACGAACCGAGCCUAUGCCAUUGCUUCCUCUGUUGUGUCCUUCUACUUGCCCCUGGUGGUCAUGGUCUUCGUCUACUCCAAGGUCUUCCAGGUGGCCAAAAGGCAGCUUCAGAAGAUCGACAAAUCUGAAGGCCGCUUCCAUGCCCAAAACCUCAGCCAGGUGGAGCAGGACAGACAGGGCAGGCAUGGACAACGCAGGUCCUCCAAGUUCUGCUUGAAGGAACACAAAGCCCUCAAGACUUUGGGCAUCAUCAUGGGCACAUUCACCCUUUGCUGGCUGCCCUUCUUCAUUGUCAACAUUGUGCAUGUGAUCCGGGACAACCUCAUCUCGAAGGAUGUUUACAUCCUCCUCAACUGGUUGGGCUAUGUCAAUUCUGGUUUCAAUCCCCUCAUCUACUGCCGGAGUCCAGAUUUUAGGAUUGCCUUCCAGGAGCUUUUGUGUUUGCGUAGGUCUUCUCUGAAGGCCUAUGGGAAUGGCUGCUCCAACCACAGUAACAGCAAAAGUGACUACACAGGGGAGCAGAGUGGCUGUCACCUGGAACAGGAGAAAGAAAAUCAACUACUGUGUGAGGAUCCCCCAGGCACACAAGACUUUGUGAACUGUAAAGGUACUGUGCCUAACGAUAGCAUUGAUUCACGAGGGAGGAAUUGUAGUACAAAUGACUCACUGCUGUAA